AUGGUUUUUUUUUUGUAUUCUGGUAUAUGUCCGGACAGUCCCCGCAGUUGGCCUGUAGUCCCUCUUGUCUUGAAUUAUCCUGUUUCUACAUAUAAUCCUGUCACGUGGACACAAGAUCGGCCUAGCUUUUGUCUCUUGCGACAAUCUCUCUCUCUAAUGGCGGCCAUUGCACACGUUACACAUAACCUACCACUGUUUUUGGAAGGGGUAAUGCCUGUCCACACCCACUCAAGCUGCGACAAAUGCUACGUCUUCCAGCGAGGCAGUUGCGCGAGCGGCGCGAAACUCUUGCGGUGUGGAGGCUGCUCCAUCGCGUUUUACUGUAGUAAAGAAUGUCAGACGGCCGACUGGGGUCGCCACAAGGUCGAAUGCAAGGCCACCAAAUAUCGGAUCGCAGAGGUCAAAACCGCGUCGGGAAUUGAGUCAGGCUACGCGGACUUCAUGGAGUGGAUCAGGUUCUACUCAGACUCUCUCAAGAAUGCUUUUGUAGGGGCUCUGGGUCUGCAGACCGCGCCGCACCGCGAACGGGAGUACGUCCUUGAUGUCUGGCUUUGCCACAAGGGCGUCGCGGUCACGCAGGGACCUGGCCGGCUGCCCGUCAGCAAGCGCUUCGACGUUCUAGGCGUAAGCCUGAAGGAGCCACGUGAACUGACUAUCCUGCGAGAGGACUCGAACGACUUCACGGAGAGUUACCCAGAUGCCUGCGUGCAAGGGAGGAUUGAGCUAGGCGAUGAAUAUUACGGAACCGGCAGGAUCUCAUAUAUGGCCCGCUUUGUCCCGGGGCUAUCGUUUUCCGCCGGACACGUUGCGACAAAACAAAAAGUCUUUGCAUUCAGCAAGGAGGUGGCGGGAGCAGCGAGGACGAGGGACGACUGGUGGAUACUAUUCCGGGAGUAUGUGGCUGUUGGGGCUAAGAUGAAGUUCUGUUGUGGGCGGAUACCGGGAUUUGAGGAUGUAUGCUGCUGUGGGGGCUGGGUGCAUGACGAGGAGAAGAAGAACGCCUUCAUCUCGCAUAGGGUCUAA